UGCACAUUAAAGAUAACCUUAUACGUUAAACUGCACCGAAAUGGGAAGAAGUGAGCAAAACGAAAUCAGCUUAUAGGAGCUCGUUCGAAUAUAUUGGAUAUUGAAAAGCUUGCGAUAUUGUCGUGGUGACUAGACGCAGAUACUUAAAUGAUUUCUCCAGAAAACGAUUUGUUUUGAACUAAAAUUAGCUCUGAAUAAUGUCAAAAUCCGUUAGUGGUAAACGUAAAAUUAAAGGAAAGAAAACUAAAGCAAAGGACCCUGUGAAUGAGGUAUUAGAAAAAACACAGGAAGACGUAAAAAACUUGCGGGAAGAAGUAAGCAGAAAAAUAUUUAUUGCAGAAAAUGCAGAAAAUCGUCGCUAUCAAGCAUAUACUGAGAAAUUGGAGUCUGUAAGAAAUUAUAAUGAAUUGAAAAAGUCAACACAAAACCAUACUGCUUUCCUAAUCACAGAAAACGAAAUAAAAGUAACCAAUCUUCGAGAUGAAAUAGAAAAAUUAACCACAAAACUAGAUGAGGCCAAUAAGUUAAUUGAGAUAAGAAAUAAUGAACUGAAAAAUUUACGUCAAGAAUUCCUAAAUUGUAAGGCAGAAAAAGAUUCGAAAAUCAGCACAUUAGAACAAAAAUUAAAAGAACAAGCUGCAUUAUUUCGUGACGUUAUGUCACAAGCGUUCAAUCAACUAAUUGAACAACUAAGUAUCGACUAUGAAAAUGUUCAUAAUAACUACAAAAUAUUUUCUCAGCCUACAAAUGAUCUAAUAGAAUUGGAGUUUUUAAAUCCACCGUUUUUAGAUGAAGAAUCUGUUGAAUAUAUAUAAUUACCUAUCUAGAUAUAUACAGUGAUGUAGGAAUUUUCUCAACAUAUUCACAAGGAUAUUUUCUAAUUAGCAUUUGUGAAUAAUUUAUGUAAAAAUAAUUCCUGUAUAAAAAAGAAGCCACAAUUCUGCUACGACAGUUAUUUAUUCUUUAAUAAGACCAGUAAAAGGGAGGAAUUGUAUGAAACAUAACUGCACUGUUUUGAUAGAUGUUAAACUAUUUUCAAUAGCAAAAUAUCUUUGCUAAUUAAUUCUUGAAAAAACAACUAGUCUGUGAAGUUGUUAUUGGAAAAAAUGCAACUCAAC